AGUGUGUGUGUGUGUAAAGGAGAGAGAGAGAGAAAGACUGGCUUUCUUUUUUUUUUGCUCUGUUCCCUCUCUCUUUAGGAGAGCAGAGGAGAAAGUGAGAGGAGGACAGACGUGUGCAGAGCAGAGCGCACCAACUCCACAAAGACAAGACAGGAGAGGAGUUUGGAAGGAGAGCACAAGAAAAAAAAAGCUGUUUUUUAUUUUCCUACAUCAGCAAACCAGUGGAUAUCAAAGAAAAUUCUUGAAGAACAACAACAAAAAAGGGAUUGUUGUGGCUUCACAUUUUUCAUAUUUUUUUCCUCAUUAUAUUCCCCAAGUAGAAUUAGACUUGUGUGGUGUUGCAGGACUUUGGGAAGCAGAAGCAGAGGAGGAAAGGUUGCUGUGGUGGUGAACAUGGCCAUGAAAGACAGCUGCUUUGAGCCAGGAAUGGGCAAACUGGCCRGACAGUGGAUGUGGGUGGUGAUGCUCUCUGCCCUUGUUGUAGGCAAAGCCAGUGCCUGCCCAGCCUUGUGUACCUGCAGCGGCACCACAGUAGACUGCCAUGGACUGGGUCUCAAAUCCAUGCCAAGGAAUAUUCCCCGCAAUACUGAAAGACUGGAGCUGAAUGGGAAUAACCUCACACGCAUCACCAAGACUGACUUCACUGGUCUGAAGUACCUCAGAGUCCUACAGCUGAUGGAGAAUCAGAUUACAGUGAUCGAGCGAGGGGCUUUUGAUGACAUGAAGGAGCUGGAGCGACUGCGGCUGAACCGUAAUCAACUGCAACAGCUUCCAGAGCUGCUGUUUCAGAAAAACCCUGCUCUGUCUCGACUAGAUCUGAGCGAGAACCUCAUCCAGUCCAUCCCCAGGAAGGCGUUCAGAGGAGCCACGGACAUCAAAAAUCUCCAGCUGGACAAAAACCACAUCAGCUGCAUCGAGGAUGGGGCCUUCAGAGCUUUGAGAGGCCUGGAAGUCCUAACGCUGAACAACAACAACAUCAGCAGCAUCCCCGUCUCCAGCUUCAACCACAUGCCCAAGCUCCGAACUUUCCGUCUCCACUCCAACAAUUUGAACUGUGACUGUCACCUGGCCUGGCUGGCUCAGUGGCUCAGACAGAGGCCCACAAUUGGUCUUUUCACCCAAUGUACCAGCCCUCCCGAGCUCAGAGGACUUAAUGUGGCCGAGGUCCAGAAACAUGAAUUCAGCUGCUCAGGACAUCAGGACACAUCCAGUCUGCAGCCGUGCAGCGUUGGUGGAGGCUCUUGUCCCGCCAUGUGCACCUGCAGUAACAACAUCGUGGACUGCAGAGGGAAAGGACUGACCGCCAUCCCAGCCAACCUGCCCGACAACAUGGCUGAAAUACGUCUGGAGCAGAACGGGAUUAAGUCUGUUCCUCCUGGAGCCUUCUCUCCCUACAAGAAACUUCGCAGGAUAGACCUGAGCAACAACCAGAUCUCAGAGAUAGCUCCGGAUGCCUUCCAGGGUCUGCGUUCUCUCAACUCCCUCGUGCUGUAUGGAAAUAAAAUCACCGAUUUGCCCAAGGGGGUGUUUGACGGCCUCUACGCCUUGCAACUGCUGUUGCUGAAUGCCAACAAGAUUCACUGCGUUCGUGCCAACGCCUUCCAGGAUCUGCAGAAUCUCUCGCUGUUAUCGCUGUAUGAUAACAAGAUCCAAACGCUCGCCAAGGGCACCUUCACGUCACUGCGAGCUAUACAGACCCUUCACCUGGCUCAGAACCCGUUUAUCUGCGACUGCAACCUGAAGUGGCUGGCAGACUACCUGCGCUCCAACCCGAUUGAAACYAGCGGCGCCCGCUGCGCCAGCCCACGCCGUCUGGCAAACAAACGCAUCGGACAAAUCAAGAGCAAGAAGUUCCGCUGUUCUGCCAAAGAGCAGUACGUCAUCCCAGGUACUGAGGACACCCGUCUGAAUAAUGCCUGCAACACGGAUCCAGUUUGUCCUCCCAAGUGUCGCUGUGAGUCAAAUGUGGUUGACUGCUCCAACCUGAAGCUCACCAAGAUCCCCGAACACAUCCCUUCUUCCACAGCUGAACUCCGCCUUAACAACAAUGAGAUCACAAGUCUGGAGGCAACUGGAAUCUUUAAGAACCUUUCCCAGCUGAAGAAAAUUAACCUCAGCAACAACAAGCUUACGGAGAUUGAAGACGGGUCGUUUGAAGGUGCGUCGUCCGUCAUCGAGCUUCAUCUCACAGCCAAUCAAAUGGACUCGGUGCGGAGCGGGAUGUUUCGAGGACUGGAGGGGCUGCGAAUGCUGAUGUUAAGGAACAACAAGAUCAGCUGUGUCCACAACGACAGUUUCACAGGCCUUCAUAAUGUCCGUUUGCUCUCUCUGUACGACAACCAGCUGACCACGAUCACUCCCGGAGCCUUCGACACGCUGCAGACUCUCUCCACUCUCAACCUCUUGGCCAACUCCUUUAACUGUGACUGCCGGCUGGCCUGGCUCGGCGAUUGGCUGAGGAGUAGGAAGAUUGUGACGGGUAACCCUCGCUGCCAGCGUCCAGCCUUCCUGAAGGAGAUCCCUCUUCAGGACGUAGCUCUGCCUGAUUUUCGCUGUGAGGACGGCCACGAGGAGUCGACCUGUAUUCCUCGUCCCCAGUGUCCCAGCGAGUGCACUUGCCUGGAGACAGUGGUGCGCUGCAGUAACAAGCACCUCCAAACACUACCCAAAGGCAUCCCCCGAAAUGUCACAGAGCUAUACCUCGAUGGAAACCAGUUCAGUAUUGUUCCAAAGGAAAUGUCAACCUUUAAAUACCUGCAGUUGGUUGACCUGAGCAAUAAUAAGAUCAGUUCUCUGACCAACGCAUCCUUUGCUAACAUGAGCCAACUUACCACUCUAAUCUUGAGCUACAACUCCCUGCGUUGCAUCCCCAAGAUGGCUUUCAGUGGACUGCACUCACUUCGGCUGCUGUCUCUCCACGGUAACGAAAUCUCCGAGCUUCCUGACGGCAUCUUCAACGACGUGACCUCGCUUUCCCAUUUAGCUAUCGGUGCCAACCCCUUGUACUGUGACUGCCGCCUGCGCUGGCUGUCCGACUGGGUGAAGACUGGGUACAAGGAGCCUGGGAUUGCACGUUGUUCUGGUCCACAGGGCAUGGAGAGCAAACUGCUCCUCACAACACCUGCUAAGAAAUUUGAAUGCAAAGCUGAUGUGGACAUCGACGUGUUGGCCAAGUGUAACCCGUGUUUGUCCAGACCCUGCCUGAACCAUGGCAUCUGUCACAACGACCCGACGGACAUCUACAGGUGCAGCUGUCCUCCUGGAUUCAAGGGCAAGAACUGUGAGACAGGUCUGAACGCCUGCAUGAGUAACCCCUGUGCCAACGGAGGCACCUGCCAAGUGAGUGAGGAGAACGAGGGGGAGUACAGUUGCACGUGUCCACUGGGCUUUGAGGGCCCGACUUGCCAAACCAACACAGACGACUGCGAAGACAAUGACUGCGAGAAUGGAGCCACCUGCAUCGAUGGAGUCAACAACUACACUUGUUUUUGUCCCCCCUACUACACAGGGGAAAUGUGCGAAGAGAUGGAAGACGUGUGUGCUCCAGGACGAAGCCCCUGCAAACAUCAGUCUACCUGCCUCAUCACCACCUCUGGACCCAAGUGCGUGUGUUCUCCUGGUUAUGUUGGUGAUGACUGCAGCGUGAACUAUAACGACUGCGAGGAGCACCGCUGUCAGAACCGAGCUCAGUGUGUGGAUGAGCUGAAUGGUUACUCCUGCAUCUGUCCUGAAGGAUACAGCGGUCAGCUGUGUGAGGUUCCUCCAUCGUUGCUGUCUCUGUGUGAGCUGGCCGACUGUCAGAACAGCGCCCCCUGUGUGGAGCGAGGCGGGCGCGCCCUCUGUCAGUGUCCUCCAGAGUUCGGGGGGCCACGCUGCGAAAAGCUGGUCAGUGUCAACUUCAUCGACCGAGACUCCUACUUACUGCUCUCUGACCUCCAGAACUGGCCUCAAGCUAACAUCACCCUGCAGGUUUCUACAGCUGAGGAUAACGGCAUCCUGCUGUACAAUGGAGACAAUGAUCACAUUGCAGUGGAGCUCUUCCAAGGCCACGUUAAAGUCAGCUACGACCCCGGCAGCCAGCCUGGACACGCUAUUUACAGCACCGAAACCAUUAACGACGGGCARUUCCACACGGUGGAGCUGGUGACCUUCGACCAGAUGGUGAACCUGUCCAUCGACGGGGGYCUCCCUACCACAAUGGACAGCUUUGGGGCGGUGCGGCCCCUCAACGGGGAGGCGCCGCUUUACGUGGGGGGCAUGCCGGUGGACGUUCACUCGGGCCCUUUCCGUCUCUGGCAGAUCCAGAACGGCUCCAGUUUCCACGGCUGCAUCCAGAACCUGUACAUCAACAACGAGCUGCAGGACUUCACCAAGACCCAGAUGAAGCCCGGCGUGGUACCGGGCUGCGAGCCCUGCAAGAAGCUCUACUGCGUUCACGGCAUCUGCCAACCCGACGGGGCCCAGGGACCGGUGUGCCACUGCCAACCAGGCUGGAGCGGGCCGCACUGCGACCAGCCUGCUCUCAACCCCUGUCAGGGCAGCAAAUGCGUCCAUGGAAAGUGCAUCCCUCUGGACGCGCAGUCGUACCGCUGUGAGUGCGCAGAGGGUUACCGAGGCGCGCUGUGUAACCAACAAGGGGAGCUGUUCAACCCCUGCCGCCACCUCUCCUGCAAACACGGCCGCUGCCAGGUCUCCGACACGGGAGACGCGUACUGUCACUGCGAAAGUGGUUACACUGGGGAUCUCUGCGACGCAGAGUCUGAGUGUCGAGGCGAGCCUGUGCGAGACUUCUACCAGGUGCAGCGAGGCUACGCCAUCUGUCAAACCACUCGCGUGGUCUCCUGGGUGGAGUGCUCCGGCGUGUGCGACGCGGGCGCCUGCUGCGGCAGCCAGAGGAUGAAACGCCGGAAAUACACCUUCGAGUGCAGCGACGGGACGUCCUUCAGCGAGGAGGUGGAGAAGACCAUCAAGUGCGGCUGCGUGGGCUGCAUGUAGCGUCGCUAACUCACACGUCCUGCUGCUGGGUGCGGAAGCAGAAGAUCGAGAAACAAAAGCGAGGAGGAGAGGAAGGGAGGAAGUAAACUGCUGAAACGUGAAGGAGGAAAGGAAAGAAAGUGAAAGAGAUUAUACAGAAUAUAUACAAAACCUCUAUCUAUAUAUUAUGGACAACAAUGUUUGUAAAAUAGAACAUUUGCUCCCCUUCUGAGGGUGUGUGACCUGCAGAAACACCAACAUCCUGAGCAUCAGAGUAGAAGUGACAACAGCAACAAAACCAUUGUGUCUGCAACAUUGUUCAAAUGGGGUCCAGAGAUUUUAGAAGUGCUGCAUUCAGAGUUCUGCAUCCAGACUUUUCCAUUUGAAUGCCCCCAUCUAUAAGGCCUCUAACCGUUCUGCCACCAUCUUUCAUCUUUACUUCAUAGAGGCAGCGAGGACGGAGAAAGGGCAGAGAGAGAACAGGACCAGAGAGAUGGAUGGACUCGUUGGGACUUGGCCAAGCUGUCUUGAGUUGAGCUCGUCUGUGUUGGGCUUUGGGUUUCAUCUGAUUGGGUGUAGCAAUUCCCCCACCCCGCACCUCGCCCCCCACCCACCCACCAGGAUGCUUUCAUCCGUCCCCACGCGUAGACGUCAGGAGGCAGACAGUGGGGUUAGAGCAACACUUAAUCCUGCGCGAAUGUUGUGGCUUAAAAAGCUUGGUUGCUCAGAGUCGAACUGGAACGUAGAACCCACCCCCCACCCCGCCCCCCGGGCAGAGACUGCAGCGGCGAGCAGCACUGAAAAAACAGCCGUCACACAACCGCUCCGAAGUCCCCGAUCACACAGUCUUAACCCGGACCCAGAGGCCUUGUGUGCCCCCCCCCAGCUGUUCUCCCAGCAAACCAGCGUGGCAGAGGCAGCCCCCCCCUCCCCAGGAUAAUCCCCACUUCCUCUGAGCAGGAGGCCGAGUCACCCUGCUCCUCUUGCAGUAUUAAACCUGUGCAAACUGUUGCAUGUGUGGAGAAGAGUUUUCCAGCACGUACGUAGAGCUUCUUCACAUUAUUAUAAAGAUUAUAAAACAAAAGGUUAAAAAACAAACAAAAAAAACCACAUUUCAUUGUUUUUGUUUUGUUCUAGUUUCUCACAGGUUUCUGAUAUAUUUUAUUUCUUUUCUUGAUGUAUUCUAACUCCUUUAGCUGCCCACCCCUACAUCUCUUUAUAUUAAAACGCCUAACAGAUUCUAAUAUAUAUACAUAUAUAUUUGUAUUUUGUUUUGGUAUAGUAUUUUUCUAUGUUAAAGAGUAAGCUUGUUUUAGGAAGCAUUUGGACUGAUGGAAAAGCAUUUUGUUUGUUCUCUUAAUGUUUUUUCUUUUUUUUUUUGUUCUUUUUCUCCAAGAAGGUAAUUAAUUGUGUUAAUUGGUCAAAAAAACAUGCAAGAGCAGGUUGGCCUUGUUGUAUAGGAGGCAGUAUUGGUCUAGAAAUCUGUUUAAUAUUGUAUAUGUUGUCUUCCAUGUGAAUAUUACAUUUAAUACAUACCAAUCUGUGCUUGUUUUUAUUUAUUUUAUUUACAGGCAUUUUCCGGUAGAAAAUGAAAAACGUGUAAGUGUUGCUGGCAUUCAGUUCUUCAAAAAAAUAUAAAUAAAUAAAUAAAACCGAUUCAAAAAUGGUGAAGCACUCGAUAGAGAUGGCAUAAAGUUUCAUUUAGUGAUUGUGAGUUACAGCAGUAUUUUUUUCUGUUUGCUGCAAAGUCUGGAGAAGUCAGAGCUCGGAUUAGGCGUCGUCCUGCUCAAAUGGAACUUUUUAACAGAUUAGACUUUAAAGCAUGUGAUCUUUGAUUUUUUUUUUAAAUCUUGAUAAGUAAUGGGCUGCAUUUUUAUGAUCUGAAUCUGUGAUAUUUGCCACAGAUCAGAGGUCUUCAGUUCAGUCGAGCUCAACUGAUCAUAAGCUGCUGUCAAGUUGGAGGAAACGGGAGGAAAGUUGCCUCUCUGGACACGGACCGUGGUUCGGAUCUCCUUACAUGUGAACUGUGUGAAAGCGUUACAUGCCAACUACUGACAGAUAAGAAAGGUCCAGACAUUGUUGUUGUCUGUCAGCUUUAACAAAACAAAAAGGAAAAAAAAAAGAAGAUGAAAAUGUGCCAAUUAUAGUGAACAGUCAUACCUGAAUGUAUAAAUGUGUAUAGAUAAAUAUGUCCUACGCUUAUUCAUGAAGUGGUAACUUUUAGCUGUUAUUUAGUUUCCAAAUGUAAAAAAACAGGCUUUGUUCUGCCUGCAGACUGGGAUUGUGUUUCUCUAAAUGUCUCUAUAAUGUAAAAGGCUGCAGACCCAGAUCUCAUAGUGUCCCCUCACACUGGUUCCUGUUCAUACUCAUGUUAACAUUGUUUUACAUGCUGUUGAUGUGAUGCCAGUGGUGUAAAAACAUUACAGAUGAACGGUCACUGUAAUAUUUAGGCCAUCUGCCUCGUAAAGGUGCAUAUUUUUUAGUCAAAUGUGACUUUUUGUUCGUUCCUUUGCACUGAUCUGUCCUGGACUUGGUGCGUUCAGCCUCUUAGUGGUACUUGUGCUAUAUUGAGAUGUAAUUCCAUAAUCUGGUCAUAUGAAGAGAAACACAAACUUUCCGUCUUAUGAACUAUAUAAAUGUUAUUGUAAGCGACACAAUGUUUCUGUUGUAUUAAUAUGGUACAUAAAGCUAAAGAAAAUAAUCCCCGGUUGAGUUCAGCCUGUUUGCUUUGAUGCUGCAGGACUGAACUGUGGGACUGAACUGAAAAACUUAAAAAUGCUGAAUGUAUGUAGUGCCACCGACAAAAUGUUUACCAAACCUCCACUCUUUUCAUUAAUUAAACCUAAAAUGUGUGUGCUUUUAA